GUAUUUGCUAAUUUUUUUACCAUGUUCAGUCGGCUGCCCGACACAUUGUCGAAUUUGAAGUUAUUUCCUCGGUUUUAGGUCAUUUUUAACUGUAAAAAUCGCCCCGGAACAUCGGUGAACCUGUUUGGGACGAUCAGCUUAAACCGAUUCUGCAACCAUGAGUACAAUUCUGGAAAAAAUCGCCCAAAUCGAGGCCGAGAUGGCCCGUACUCAACGAAACAAGGCCACGGCCGGCCAUUUGGGUCUGCUAAAGGCUCGAUUAGCUAAACUGCGCCGGGAACUGAUCACCCCAAAAGGCGGCGGCGGUGCAUCUGAGCAGGGUUUCGAAGUGUCCAAAACCGGAGACGCUCGAGUCGGUUUUGUCGGGUUUCCUUCGGUGGGGAAAUCAACUUUACUGUCUAAUUUAGCGGGUGUUUACUCUGAAGUGGCGGCCUACGAGUUCACCACGCUUACAACGGUUCCCGGAUGUAUUAAAUAUAAGGGCGCAAAGAUUCAGUUGCUGGAUUUGCCCGGAAUUAUCGAGGGUGCUAAAGAUGGUAAAGGUCGUGGUCGGCAAGUUAUUGCGGUGGCCCGAACUUGCAACCUAAUUUUUAUGGUGCUUGAUGUGUUGAAACCGCUGACCCAUAAAAAACUACUAGAACAUGAAUUGGAAGGUUUCGGGCUGCGGUUGAAUAAACAACCGCCGAACAUAAGUUUCCGCAAGAAAGACAAGGGCGGCGUGAAUUUGAAUGCAACCGUUUCCCAAUCGGAACUGGAUUUGGACACGGUAAAGUCCAUUUUGUCCGAGUACAAGAUCCAUAAUGCGGACAUCACGCUCAAGUAUGACGCCACGACCGACGAUCUGAUCGACGUGAUCGAAGGCAACCGGAUCUAUAUUCCGUGCAUCUAUCUACUGAACAAGAUCGAUCAGAUCAGUAUCGAAGAGCUGGAUGUGAUAUACAAGAUUCCCCACUGCGUACCGAUUUCCGCCCACCAUCACUGGAACUUUGACGAUUUGCUGGAAAUGAUGUGGAGCUAUUUGAAGCUGGUGCGCAUCUACACUAAACCUAAGGGUCAAUUACCGGACUAUAGUUCACCAAUUGUGUUGCACCACGAGCACACGUCGAUCGAAAGCUUUUGUAAUAAGCUCCAUCGUACGAUUGCCAAGGAAUUCAAAUAUGCUCUCGUUUGGGGUUCCUCGGUGAAGCAUCAGCCGCAAAAGGUUGGAAUCGAUCACGUCCUCAACGACGAGGAUGUUGUCCAGAUUGUCAAGAAGGUCUAGAACGUUCGGAGUGUUAGAAAGCUGGAUCAAUCGACAGUGUUGUGUAAGUUUAUUAAAAUUUAUUGAUACGAAAAACCAAUAAUGUAAAAUGCACAUUUACUCAAAAGCAGCUUUCAAUU